AACCCCCCUGAGGUAAGCCUAAAUAACGAAAAUCCCCCCCAUGUUCUCGUAAUUACGAAAACCCCCCUGAGGUAUGCAGACGUCUUACAAAUCGCUCUAACGGUGUUAGACUCGAUAGAAUCUUUUUGAUUCUCCCGAAUAUUCCUCCGAUAAUACCAAUUUUGCCCUUGUACACGAAAUUAACCUUAGGGGGGUAAUUGUAAGCAUUUUAAUGUUACGCCUCCACCAAUCAUCACCAUCCACGUCAUCAUCUUCUUCUUCCUCUGGAAAAAAUCUCAUGGAGCAAAAGCAGAGCUCCGCCCUACUCCACCACCGCCACCGCCUCUAUCAAGAACAGACCAAUUCUUGGCACAACCAAGACACCCGCCACGUGGACCUCCUCUCCGCCGUCGAUCUAUCUCACCACUUCCCUUACCACUCAAUCCCGAAACCCGAAUGGCAAUGCAACAGUAGUAGCUUGAUCAAUAGAGAAAAAAGAAAAGCACAGUUCGAUAUCGAAGAAAACAACGAAAACAUAGUCGAAGCAGAGGAAGAGAAAUCGGAGAUCACCGCGAAAACCGAAAUGGAAACUUCCGGAAACACUUGUUCGAAGGAAAGCUCCAAAUUUUCCGAGGUUCAAAAACCUGAUUAUAUUCAUGUUCGGGCGAGACGGGGCCAAGCCACUGAUAGCCACAGAUUCGCCGGAAACCUACCGGCCGACGUCUCUCAGGUGGAGUCUCUCAAAGUGCUGAAUUUCGCCGGAAGCUACUUCAGCGGUCCAAUCCCGCCGGAGUACGGCUCGUUCAAAUCGCUCGAGUUCAUCCACCUCGCCGGAAAUUUCCUCGGCGGCGCAAUACCGCCGGAGCUGGGGAAUCUGAGAUUUCCGACGCAAAUAUCUCCGGCCAAAUCCCUAAACAACUCAGCAACCUCACGAAACUCGAAUCGCUCUUCCUCUUCAAGAAGCAACUCACCGGAAAACUCCCGCCGGAGCUCAGCAAAAUCUCCACCCUCAAAAUAA